AUGGCAACAGCAUUCGAUCGUAGACGUAUACCCGCACCUGAAGUGUCCGUCCCUCCCAUAUACGAUGAUACAGAACUAGAGCCUGAAGCUGGACCUUCGACGAAAAGAGUUGAUAGAGCGAACGAUGAGGCUAGACCUAUAUUCCUCAAAACAGGACUGAUAUCGCAGGCUAACGGGAGUGGGUACAUCGAGUCGGGUGGUGUAAAGAUAGCAUGUUCAGUAUACGGCCCUCGACCCAAAGCACCUCCUUAUACACCUCAAGGAACGUUAAACUUGGAAGUUAAAUUCGCUCCUUUUGCUUCUGAUCCACGUAGAGCACCAUUACGAGACACAGAACCCAUAUCCCUCUCUCAACUCCUCACUCAAUCCCUAACACCCACCAUUCAACUACACCUACUCCCCAAAUCAUCUAUCGACGUCUUCCUCCUAGUAUUAGAAUCAGAUACACCCACCAACGUCCUCUCAGCUGGACUGACGGUAGCUUCGGCCGCCAUAGCAGAUGCGGGCAUAGCGAUGGAUGCUCUGGGUACUGGAUCGGUCGUCGCUCUAGCUCAAUCCACUGACAAGCAGGAACUAUUGCUGGAUCCCGAACAGGGCGAGGAAGGCGGGGCGGAAGGAAAAGUCUUGUUAGGGUCGAUGCCUGCUUUGGGGAAGAUAACAAAUAUAUUGUUAGAAGGGAAUGUGGGGGUGGAACAGGCUGUCGAGAUGAUCGAAAAAGCCAUAUCCGCUUCGAGAGAUACACAUACGGUCCUCGCUCAAUCGUUGAUAGAAGGCGCACAAGAAAGAGGAAUCGGUGGUGAGGCUGAGUGA